UCUAGCCAAGCCACUGUAUUUUUUUAGUCUUUUAUAAUAUCAUAUAACUUGAAUUAAUUUUUGAUUCAUAAAAUGAAACGAAAAAGUUACUAAUAUGCCUAUUGUAACUUUUCCAUGCCUAUUACCUGCACUUAAAUGGUAUUAACUUAAAAGCUAAACUACUGGAAAAUCAAAAUAAUUCGUUUUAAGGGUCUAAAUAUGUAGAUAUAAUAUCAAUAUUGUCUUACUACUUUAGAUAAUAAAAUCAAUCGUAAUAAAAUAUAUUGAACAGCAACAAUACCAAAACCCAUAAUAAUAAACCAAUCAAUUACGGGUAUACAUACCUUUCCAAACUAAAUAAUAGGUACAAAACAUUUAGUGAAAUUUUGACCCAGCACAAAUAAUACAAUAUGUACCUAGCAAUAGUGUAAUAGGUGUAUAGUGAAGGACAACAAUACAGUAAGUAGAUGGUAGCCACUGUAUACAUCCAUUGUUCGACUUCACACGUGAGAAGUAACUUACGACGUCGACGGUGAUUUAAAAUUGACUACUCAAGUCUCAGUUACUAAAUGCAAUCGCGGUUGUAAUAGGUGUUUGAUCGGAAAAUGCAAUACAAAAGUGAUUGUUACGAAUACCUGCGUUUGACCCACGUAUUGGCCAUAUUUUGGGGGAUGCCCAUAACUCGAAGACGGACCACCGACAACGUCAAACGUAACAGAGACUUAGCUAAUGAACACGAUGGAUACAGGUACUCGUUCGACCAGCGCGUAGUGCCGGUGUGGUUAGCAUACGCGGCCCUGGACGCAUUCCUCUUGUACUACAACUACCUGGAAGCUUCCGGUUACGUGGGCGAAUCGUUGCGGAAGUGCUUCGAGGAUUCGUACUGUUUCGCCGUCAUCGAGCUGGCCAACCGGAACGUGGGCCCGUUCUCGGCGUUGGUGUGUACCAUGUUCUACGGACAUCGGCACAAGGCGGCCGCGCUCGCCGGCACCGAGCGCACGCUAGCGUUCAUCCGGGACACGGACCGGGACGCGACGCACGGCGGGUCAGUCUGGCCACUCGAUUCCCGCUACUAUUCGGCCGCCGUGAUAGCCGCGUACAGCUUGUGCAUAUGGCUAUACGCGGCCGCCGUGCCCGCGGCCGUCCUCCUGGUCAUCUGGUUAAACGCCCUCGGCCAGACCACCGUGUACGGGCUGGCCACGUUCCAGUACCACGUGCUGGGCCACGGUUACGCUCGCGUCAACCGACUUCUCGAGGCGGCCGCGAACUCGGGGGGCCAACCGUCAUCGGAUUUCCGGUCACUGGCAGCCCUCUUGGACCGGUUGGCCGACACUUGCGACGAUUUCGGCCGACAAGUCGGCCACCUCAACGUGGCCUACACCCCGGGCCUGCUGCUCAGGUGGCCGUACAGCAUGAUUCGCCUUACGAUGGUCGUGUUCCGCAUCAGCGAGCUGUGGGUCGCCUCGCAGGAUGGCAGGCCGUUUGCCCAUGUGGCCGCUGUGCUCAUCGUGGAACACGUGGGCGAGAUACUCCUGUUCCUGGUGCAGCUGUCCAGUUUCUGUUACGCGGGCACCCGUCUGUCUUAUCAGGCACGCCCAAAACACUACGGCAAGCUUGCAAAAGUUAAAACUUUGUCGGACACCAAGUGUUUAUCUAAACUCAGACGUGAAGAAGAAGAUUUGCGGUAUCAUCGUAACAUAUUUCCUUGUAUUAAUCCAAUUCAAAAGUCAAAAAGGAAAAUCCAAGCCUUUGCAUCAUAUUUGGAAUUAAAUUAUUUUUAA